UGUUGUUGUAUACUCUUUGGUUGUUGUGAAGUGUUUGUGAAUUUGCAAGUUAUUGUGAACUUUUUGUUCUUUGAAAAUAUCAAAAAAACCUUGAUAAAAAUUCAAAAACAGCAGAAAAAUGGCUGAUCCAGAAUUGGAUAAAAUAAGACAGCAGCGUUUGGCCCAGUUACAGGCGCAACAUGGGGGAGGCGAUCCUAAUCAAGCUAAGGCUCAAGAAGAACGGAUGCAAGCGAUGGAAGAGGCAAAACACUCAAUACUAUCACAAGCCUUGAGUCAAGAUGCCAGAGCAAGAUUAAACACAAUCAAAUUAAGCAAACCAGAGAAGGGUGCAAUGGUGGAAAAUAUGAUCUGUCGUAUGGUCCAAAUGGGACAAGUGAGCACAAGAAUAUCUGAGCAAGAACUGAUUCAACUGCUCGAAUCAUUGAAUCAACAGAUGCCUAAAUCAACAAGCACUGUUAAGUUUGAUCGAAGAAGAGCAGCACUUGAUUCUGAUGAUGAUGAUUUCUAGUAGUUACUAAAAAGGAGCAUUUUAUGUUGUGCUAGUUCACAUACAACUCACUGGCAUGGAUGUGAUCAUUUUUGUGCAAUUGGCUCAGGUCUGAGAAGAGUAUGCAGAGGUUGUUCAAUGUGUCCUCGACUAAUACAAGUAUGCUGGACCUGCAAUUGUCUUAUCUGUUUUUGAAUUUCGCAUUUUGGCGCUAAUAGCAGCAGUGAGCGUCAUGUGAGCGUAUUACAAACUAAAUGUUGGUCAUUAAACAUCACUCAACAAAGUGCCAACACGAAGACCAUUUGACAGUGUCAAUUUUAAUUCCCGAUUUUGUGGGGUACUUCGAAUGUGCACAAAAAUGACUGUCAUUUUAUAAGCCACACCUUUUGUAGCAUACUUGGAGGUAUAAGUCCAUUUGAAUGAUGGUACUUCAUAUAUUUGAUAUUGUGACUGCGCCAGUGAGUUAUUGAUGUGCUUGCAAGUCUAUACUAAAAUGUUCAAGAAUAUUUGAGUGCUUGAGGUGGCAAAUCAACAGAUUUUUAAGUCACUUUUAUAAGUUGCAGGAAUGGCGAGAAUGUGGUUCUUUUAGUUAUUUAACGCAAUUUAACAAUUAAGAUGGUUAUUACUUUGAUCAUCACUUAUUAUUUAAUCUUUGGUAUCUUUUAAAAGUGUAAAUCACUAUGUAACACUACCAUUCUGUUUCAUGACAAAGACUCUUUGUUUAUAAGUGGAGCCUUAAUUAGCUUCAAUAUCAAUUUUCAUCUAACAGGAUGUAAGAUAAAUGUACUUAUAUGUAAAUGUAUUCAAAGUAAGAAUAGGAAAGUCUAUCAAUAGUCACUAGAAAAUUUGAUUUGCAAGGUAAAUUAUUUACAUAUAACGUUAUUUUCUUCAUUAUUAUCUGUAUUAGUAUUAUAAAAUCAAUUAUAAAUAUACUGAAAAUAUAUUGAAGAAUGUGAAAUUGAAAUUGCGGAAAGUAAUUCCUAUCCUUAGUUUGAAUGCAUUAUAUUUACUAGUUGUUACAAAAACAGGUUCAAUUGCAAUAUUAUAUUAAAUAAUAUGCUUUAUAAAAAUCUCACAAAAUGAAAAAAUUAUGUUGAACUUUGUUAUCUAUAAUUUGUAAAAAACAAACACUGCCUAGUAUUUGCGUAGUCGCUUAUAACUGUGAAUAAUUUAAAUGUAGUUUUCACCUACAUUUAGAGCAUUAUCAAGCAAAGGAUAAUUUCGUAAGCGCUUCCGAGACGGCCAAGCGACUUGACGUAAAGGACGUAUUUGCUGCUCAAGCUGCUUGAUGCGCCCGUCAAGCAGCUUGAGUCAGCAAACGGCACUUUUCUCAUAUCUUGAAAAAUAUAAAAUCGCAUCAAUCACCGUCAAGCAAACUUUAUAAACUGUCAAAGUCCUUUGUAAAAUUUACGUGCUUGACAUCAAGCCGCUUGACCAUCUCGGAAGCCCUUGAUGAUAUUUAACAGUCUACAUUGUUUACCAAAAGCAGCAGAAUUGAACAUUUACUGUGUUCUUGUGUUAAAAUGAUUUUUCUUUUAAGAUCUAACACUUAUUGGGCAUUUGCUUUUAUACAAUAAAUAAAAUAUUUAUACUUAC